CCUGUGUUCCGGGUCAGGCGCGGGAAUGCGAGGCUGUCGCCAGCAGCAGACCUGCGCCCGGCGCCCCGCGAUGCCGCUGCGGGGAGGGCAGCGGUCCGCCGAGGAGCAGUAGGGGAGCGCCCCCCGCCCCACGGCGGCUCCCGCCCAUUGUUCUCCCGGGGCCGCCGCGCUCGCCCGGGGCCGCUUCCCGCCGCCUGCCGCGGCGCGCUGGAUGCAGGUUACUGCCAGCAGUUCGCCGAGACCCGCGCUGCGCGGCGGCGGAGGGGGGCAGCGGUUCCUGCGGCCAGCGGGGAGGAGGGGGCGGCGGUGAGCGGUGGCACCGCCCGCCCCGCAGCCCCCAGCGGCACGGCCUGCUCCCCCAACCCCCCGGUGGGGCGAUGUUCCACUGCAUUCCCUUGUGGCGGUGCAACCGCCAUGUGGAGUCCAUCGACAAACGGCACUGCUCGCUGGCCGCCGUGCCCGAGGAGAUCUACCGCUACAGCCGCAGCCUGGAGGAGCUCCUGCUGGAUGCCAACCAGCUCCGUGAGCUGCCCAAGCCUUUCUUCCAACUUGUGAAGUUACGGAAACUUGGACUUAGUGAUAAUGAAAUCCAGCGGCUCCCUCCAGAAAUAGCAAAUUUCAUGCAGCUGGUGGAACUUGAUUUGUCUCGAAAUGAUAUUCCUGAAAUACCAGAAAGCAUCUCAUUCUGCAGAGCACUACAGAUAGCAGAUUUCAGUGGGAAUCCACUGACUAGGUUGCCUGAAAGCUUUCCUGAAUUACAGAACUUAACGUGUCUUUCAGUAAACGACAUCUCUCUGCAAGCACUACCUGAAAACAUUGGGAAUCUCUAUAACCUGGCUUCACUGGAACUUAGAGAAAAUUUGCUGACAUAUUUACCUGAAUCACUUGCCCAGCUGCAGCGACUAGAAGAACUUGAUUUAGGAAACAAUGAACUUUAUCACUUGCCAGAAACAAUUGGUGCACUUUUCAAUCUUAAAGACCUCUGGCUGGAUGGAAACCAGUUAGCCGAAAUACCUCAGGAAGUAGGAAACCUGAAAAACCUGCUUUGUCUGGAUGUUUCUGAAAAUAAAUUGGAAUGCCUUCCUGAAGAAAUUAGUGGUCUGACUUCUUUAACAGACUUGCUUGUUUCUCAGAAUUUACUUCAGAUCUUACCUGAUGGUAUUGGCAAAUUGAGGAGGCUCUCCAUUUUGAAGGUGGAUCAGAACAAACUUAUUCAACUAACAGAUUCCAUUGGAGACUGCGAAAGCCUUACUGAGCUUGUUCUAACAGAAAACCAGCUGCAGUCAUUGCCAAAGACCAUUGGAAAACUAAAGAAGCUGAACAAUUUGAAUGCUGACAGGAACAAAUUGACAUCUUUGCCCAAAGAGAUUGGGGGAUGCUGCAGUCUUAAUGUCUUUUCUGUACGUGACAACAGAUUAUCUCGAAUUCCCUCUGAAAUUUCACAAGCCACCGAACUUCACGUCCUGGAUGUUGCUGGGAACAGGCUGACGUACCUUCCCCUCUCACUGACUACCUUAAAGCUGAAGGCUUUGUGGUUGUCUGAUAAUCAGUCCCAACCUUUACUGACGUUUCAGACUGACACAGACCCUGAAACAGGAGAAAAGAUUUUAACAUGUGUAUUACUUCCUCAAAUGCCUUCUGAGCCUGGUUGCCAAGAUAACCUACCACGAUGUGGUGCACUAGAGAGUUUGGUAAAUGAAAUGUCAGAUGAAACAUGGAAUGAGCGGGCAGUGAAUAGAGUCAGUGCAAUUCGCUUCUUGGAAGAUGAAAAAGAUGAAGAUGAUAAUGAAAUGAGAACACUUCUAAGGCGAGCCACUCCACACCCUGGAGAAUUAAAGAACAUGAAAAAGACAGUGGAGAAUUUACGGAAUGAUAUGAAUGCUGCUAAAGGACUGGAUUCAAACAAAAACGAGGUCAAUAAUGCCAUUGACAGAGUGACCACUUCUGUGUAGAGUUUCAUCUCCAGAUUUUACCUCCUGUGUCUUCCCCUGCUGUUGAAAUGCUCCUGUUGUCUUCUGGGACCUCAAUGAGCCCCUUUUUGUUUUUAACCAGAACCUGAUCCAUCACCUCCGUAUCUGUAGAAAGUGCUGCCCGCUGGAAGAAAGUGCCUUAUUUCAUCCAGGCAGUGAACCAAUAAUUUCCAAAUCAAUAUAGUAAUUUUAUUAGUGCUAGACUUUUUAAAGUAUAAUACACUACUGUAUGUAAAAUACAAUAUUUUUGUCUUAAACACAGGGGAAAUAAUGCUUUUCUUUUCCAGAGUGCUGGGAUAUCUAUUUCUCAGUGGCUUGAUGUGCUGGUGAGAAAUACAGUUUUGUGGAAAAUUGAUACACUUUUUUUAUUUUAUUUUUUUUUGGCAGCUCAGAUGGUGUAAAUUUUAAAAUUUUGUAUAGGACUUUCAUAACAAAAUGAUGUAUUGCAUUUUUAAGAGAAAAUUUAUCUUGAGUGGUACGUAUUUUAGUAUUUGUGGAAGAGAAAAAGUUUCACGGACAACUGUAUUCAUUCAUUUGUACCACCCAUUGUGCCUUAUUGUGUCUUGUAUGUUCUAUUAGUCCUAAAUAUAGCAACUCUUGAGGAAAGUGACUAGAUUUAAACUUGGUCUCCUGUCUAAGGUAUAUUUUUCUUUCAGGACAGUAAUUUGUUGGGAUUUUUACAGCAGAGAACCUACGUCUAUAUCAUGGGAUUUGGGGUUGUGAAGCACAAAUGUUAGUUGUUUUUUUUUUUUUGUAAACAGAAUUAAGAUUUAAAUGACCAAACUGCUAUUGUUUAUCACAUGAUGCACUCACACUUUAACUUAAUUGUAAUGAAACAUCUUGUGUUGGAUGCUGUGUUGCAUUGCAGUCACUAGAAAUUCAUGCUUCAGUUGUGGUUUUUCUCAAAUGUGCCAUCUGUAAAAUAACUUGAAAAACAGCACGACAGACUUUCAGAAGCACAGUAUGAAACUAGUUUUAUGUAUUACACAAGAAAGCAUGACUCCUUAAAGUGCUUUGGUGGUUUUAUAUACAUAUAUAAAACCAUAAUAAAAGAAUCUUUAAAAGCUUCAGUAGAUUUAUUGUAUCAUUAAAAUAUCAAUUAAAGGAUGGAUGAAUGAAUACUGGAAUUUACUACCAUUGUUACUGCAUUGCACUUCCAGUGGUCCAAAGCUGCUUUCAAGGUUUUAUGAAAUCUGUGUGUUCUGGUUUGUUUAUA